CAGUCCGGUCCAGACCACGCCUGUGCGGUUUGGUUCGGUUUGGUCUGGUCCAAAUAGACCACAUUCAACGAAAAAUGAACAAUUUGUUUAGUCAACCACACAAAAAAUUGAACCAAUAACCAAGAAAAAUAAUUGUUAUUUGCCUUAAAACAUUAAUCCUAACAUGCAUGAAUAAUUUUGAUACCCUAAUUCUUAAUACAUAACAAAGAUUUAAAGUAAAAGCAUCUCAACUUGCACCAUAACGUCAUAAAACAUUAACAUAAUGUCAUAUUGAGACAUGAUUAUCUCUACUCUCUGGUUAAAUGUGGUUGUGAAUGAAGGAGAGACGAGAUUCACAAAAUUAAGGUUGAGACUUGGGUGUCGUUGUGGGAGUUGGUAAAGUGGUCAAAUGGGCUGUUAACACAUAUUGACAAGUCGGUUGGGUCCACGGUUUGGUCCGGUAAACCGCGGUCUAGACCAGCCCGACCAAGUGAUCAAAACAUAAAAUAAUACAGACCAUGGACCAGACCAAGCCAUACUUAACGGUCUCACGGUCCAGCCUGGUUCGAUCUGUUUAGGGUGGGUAUUACCUGAUCCACAGUACGUAAUGUGGGGCGAGACAUGAGUAUUGCUACUGAACUGUUUCUCCGACUCUCCAUGUCCCGCCCCGUUGUCGACAUGUUUUACCAUGAUUUGUAUUUGUAUCCUUUUUUUGACCUUACUAAAUCAUAUUUUCAUUCCAAAAUUAUUUUAAGACUAUCUUUCAACUAUUUAGAGUAAUUAUUCCUUUACUAUAUUUUUCAUUUAUUUAUGAAGUGUGCUCUCUAUGUAUUGUUGUAAAAGAGUUAAAUAUCUAUGGUUUUUUAUAAAUAAAUAACAUAUAAGAAUGGAUUGGUUCGUUCCGCCUUAUACUUGCACGAGUAUUACCGAUUUAAUCCGCACUUAAUACGAAUAGAUAUGAAUAUAUAUGCGCGGCAUCAUUACCCCGUGGGAAGCAAGAUAUGAUCGCCGGCCGGCCGGUCGGUCGAGUCAAGCUGCAUGGCUAGUGUACCCUUCAACAUCCGAGGUGGUAGGUGGGCUCUUAUUAUUAUUAUCGUACACAAGGCUAUUUUAUUUAUUUAUUUAUUUAUUUAUUUAUUUAUUUCAUCCAUGUUAAAAGCUAAUUAAUUCCGAGUAAAUUAUUUCAGGUUUAACCAAAAACAAAUAAAGCUGCUAUUUCAUAAAAAAAAAGUAAUUAUCUGCAUGCAUGAUAUCUAGUAAUUACUACUACAUAAUAAAAAAAAACGUGGUGAUUAGUGUUGGCCACCAGCUGCUAAUUGAGUAACCAAAAAGUCAGAUUACAGAAUAGUCAAUGAAAAGAGUUUCAUUUUCGCUUCCAAUAAUUACUUAAAUCAUUAACACCCCGCGAAUUUUCCCGCUAUACGCCUUUACAAACCUCGCUGUACAUGGCCGUCAUCUUUUACCAAUCAAUCCUCUCAAUCUCAUGCAAUGCAAACCUCCACAUUCGCCAAACUUCCCGCCUAUAAAUAGCCCCGCUUCACUUCCCCGUACUAACCACCCAAAACAAGCCCAAAAAGGUAGUAACAAGUCUUAAAUAGAUAAGACAUGGCCAGCAGUAGUAACAGAGUCAGCGCGGCAGCGCUUUUCCUAGCAAUAAUGGCGGCGGCCGCUGCCGUCAUGGUGACGACGGUGCACGGGCAGGGAACUCGGGUCGGGUUCUACUCCACCACCUGCCCUCGCGUCGAGACCAUCGUCCGGUCCGCGGUCCAGUCCCGGUUCAACUCCGACUCGACCGUGGCCGCCGGUCUGCUGAGGAUGCACUUCCACGACUGCUUCGUUCAGGGCUGCGACGGCUCCGUCCUCAUCUCCGGCGCCGGCACCGAGAGGACCGCCAUCCCCAACCUCUCCCUCAACGGGUUCACCGUCAUCGACGACGCCAAGACCCAGCUCGAAGCGGCUUGCCCUGGCGUCGUCUCAUGCGCCGACAUACUCGCCCUUGCUGCCCGCGACGCCGUCGUUUUGGCAAAUGGACCAACUUGGGCGGUCCCCACUGGACGUCGCGACGGGAGAAUUUCGGUGGCACAGGAAGCUUUGGACAACUUGCCGGGUCCCUCCGACUCCGUUGACUCCCAAAUCCAGAAGUUCACCGACCGGAAUCUCAGCGUUCAGGAUCUUGUCACUCUCACCGGAGGACACACGUUAGGAACGGCGUCCUGCGCGACGUUCAACGACAGGCUGUUCAACUACCAGGGCACCGGCGGGCCGGACCCUUCGAUCGCGGCCGCGUUCCUGCCCACCCUCCGGUCGUUCUGCCCGCAGAACAACAACGGGGCGGCGCGGGUUGCGAUGGACACGGGGAGCCAGAACCGGUUCGACACCUCCUACUUCACCAACAUCAGGAACGGCCGGGGAGUGCUGGAGUCGGACCAGCGGUUGUGGUCGGAUAACCGGACCGGCAACUUCGUCCGCCGGUACUUGGGCCUCAGUGGGCUGCUGGGACUGACCUUCAACGUCGAGUUCGGCCGGGCCAUGGUUAGGAUGGGCAAUGUUGGCGUGAGGACGGGGACCAACGGGGAGAUUCGCCGGGUCUGCUCCGCCGUCAAUUAGUUGUUGUUGGUUCAUGAAGUUACAAGUGGAAGGAAGAUCCAAGUUCAUUGCAAGUAGAGAGCUUGGAAGUAUUGUGGUAGAAAAGAAUUUUUCAGGGUUUUUGUUGUAAACGUGUAAUAAUUUGUCUCGUAUGCAAGGAACCGGGACAAAUCGUGGUUAAGGGGAACCCCUUUUUAAGAUAUUUCAUUUUUAUCUUUGUGACUUUUAUUCUAUAAAUAAAAAGUUUCUGUUUGUGACCGAUCAAAUUUAUUCCCAAAACAAUAAUCACAAUCAUCAAACAUUGGAAAUUUAGGCACGUAUAUAUAUAUAUAUGCAUUUAAACAAUACUUCAAUCUAUAUUAAUGUGUGUAUUCAAAAAAUAUAUAAUUUGUACAACCUACAUAUCAAAUUUUGGUACUUAGGGGAGAAGCACCGGCAAUUCCCUCGUGGGGUAUGCAUAUGAAAUCCUGGAUAUGAAAGAAUUAUAGUGAAGAUAAUUGCCAGCUGAUUUCUUAUUUUAUUCCUGAAUCAAUAAUCACAACCUAAACAUAAUAAGCACCAUAAUUUAGACAUGUAUAUCCACUUAAUCAUCUUCAUCAUUUGCCUCAAGUUAAUAUAUAGAAAACCUCGUUUGUAUAACAAUCUCCUCGGUUAUAUAACAAUCCAAUGUAAAUAACAAGUAACAUAUUUUUCAUAUAUAUUAACCGCUUUAAUUUUUGACAACUCAAUUUUUUUCAAACCAAUUCUCACAGCUAAUCACAAUUCAUCCGAUUUAUUCUUGGACAACUUACCUCCAACUAUGUGUGUGUGAAGUGGACUUUUCAACUACUUCUACUUCCUAAGGAAACAAUCUGCCUUAUUACUCUUGUGUGAUCUCAUUAUUUCUUUCCCGUAACCCUAAGCAUUCCUCCUUUUACUCGAUUUCAUUCAUCCAUGGACACGGUAAACUUGAUCACUAUGUCUACUUCUUUCAAAUGUUUUUUUUUUUCAGUAGUAACAUCUCUUUCAUUUUAUAUGUUUCUUUGAUAAGGUCUGCGAAAUAUGUGAUGGUCCUCAUCAUGUGCUGACCUAUAUGUGUAGCAAAUGCGGGUUGACAAAUGAGCAUAUGUAAGGCGACCCUAAGCAUUCCUCCUUUUACCUGAUUGCAUUCAUCCAUGGACACGGUACGUAAACUUGAUCUCUUACCUACUUUCAAAUGUUUUCUUUUUCAGUAGUAACAUCUCUUUCCUUUUUAUGUUUCUUUGAUAAGGUUUGUGAAAUAUGUGAUGGUCCUCAUCAUGUGCUGACCUAUAUGUGUACCAAAUGCGGGUUGACAAAUGAGCAUAUGUAAGGCGACCCUAAGCAUUCCUCCUUUUACCUGAUUGCAUUCAUCCAUGGACACGGUACGUAAACUUGAUCUCUUACCUACUUUCAAAUGUUUUCUUUUUCAGUAGUAACAUCUCUUUCCUUUUUAUGUUUCUUUGAUAAGGUUUGUGAAAUAUGUGAUGGUCCUCAUCAUGUGCUGACCUAUAUGUGUACCAAAUGCGGGUUGACAAAUGAGCAUAUGUAAGGCGACCCUAAGCAUUCCUCCUUUUACCUGAUUGCAUUCAUCCAUGGACACGGUACGUAAACUUGAUCUCUUACCUACUUUCAAAUGUUUUCUUUUUCAGUAGUAACAUCUCUUUCCUUUUUAUGUUUCUUUGAUAAGGUCUGUGAAAUAUGUGAUGGUCCUCAUCAUGUGCUGACCUAUAUGUGUACCAAAUGCGGGUUGACAAAUGAGCAUAUGUAAGGCGACCCUAAUCAUUCCUCCUUUUACCUGAUUUCAUUCAUCCAUGGACACGGUACGUAAACUUGAUCUCUUACCUACUUUCAAAUGUUUUUCUUUUUCAGUAGUAACAUCUCUUUCCUUUUUAUGUUUCUUUGAUAAGGUCUGCGAAAUAGGUGAUGGUCCUCAUCAUGUGCUCACCUAUAUGUGUACCAAAUGCGUGUUGACAAAUGAGCAUAUGUUGUUGGAUUUAUAUGCAUUUGGUUACUAACAUUCUAUUGUAAACGUACAAUUAACCCCGUCACACCCACAUAUUAGACAAAUAUAGAAGAUCUUGGUUAUAUAACAAUAAGGUAGAUAAAUAGCAACAUAGGUGUCCUUGAUUAAAAGGAGGGGCCCUGAGUUCAACCGUUCAACUUCAACGGACGGUCUCCUUAAUUAAGCUGCAUGAGUUCCACCGAGGGCAUCAGCGAAUUCCUCUUUGGUUCUUUGUAGUAUUGUGGAGAAUCCAAAGGUCAAUGGGGAGGACAAGGUCGGGUGAACCUCUUCUGGGAAGGAAGAUGCGAGUGAUGAAGAAGUGCAGGAUUUGAUGGGCUAGUGAAAGAAGAUCAUAUCUGGGAAAACAAGUAGGGUAUGGAACAUGUGCUACUUUACUGGUAAGAUCAAUUAUAUAUUAAAUUACAAACCAAACCAUUCAUGAUUAGAGCAUUACAAUGGGCCAGUAACCCCUUCUCUUGUGCCCACGUGUAAGUUUUUUUUUUAUUUAAAUUAAAUGCGGAAGGGCAGUAGGGUAAAACUUGGAUCCACCCCCAUUUAUUGCUGACGCUGACUUUUGACCGGAUGCAGACCCCACUCCCCGCCCCCACACGCAUUCACCUCUCUCUCACUCUUUCUUUUAUUAUUAAAAGAAAAAUUAUAUAAUUUCUUCUCUCUUUCCAAUCAACAACAAAAAUGAAUCUAAUCUCAACUAUUUCUGCUCUAAUUCCAAAUCAAAUUGAAUGAUGAUUUUUUCGUUCAAUAAAUAAGUGCUAAAGACAGUCAUUACAAAUAUGAUUAUCAUUUUACCAUAAUUUAAGCAUAAUGUUUAACAAACAAUAUAUGCAAUUGCUAAGUGAAUUGCAGUUAUUUAGAUGUAAUGGCACUAACAUGACUUAGAAGUGGAAUGAAGAAAUUGUUUAGGU